UCAAAAAUAAGAAUCCUAAGAAACGUAAGAAAAACAAUCAUGUCGCGGAUCAACACUGAUCUUUGUUAUCAAAUUCUUAAAGAAUACUAUGGUGAAGUACUCGCUGCUGUCGGUAUAUUUUUAGUCCGAAAUAAAACAUCAUCUUGCGGUAUUAUUGCUCACAAAUCUGGACUAACGAUAUUGCAGGUGAAGCAAGCUAUACGUUCCCUAAUUCAGCAGAACAUAGUAACCUUUUCUCAAAGCAAGUCUGGCUCUAUAGAGUAUAUGGCAUCAGCAAAUGCUAUUCUUUGGAGAUUAAGAUACCCACGCUAUAUUCACUGUGCUAAAAUGCUCUUUGGUGAUGCAGCUGAGUUGCUUGUUGAAGAAAUUCUUUUACAGGGACAAUCUAGGUUAGGCAGUGCUGUCUCAAAAACAACAUCCAAGUUAAAUGAUUCUUUGGUAUCUAUUGCCUCAGCUCUCCCUGAGAUAUCUCCUAGUCUUGUAAAGGAUAAAGUUACAACUCUUGUAAAGGCUCGGCUGCUUCGUAGAUGUGAAGAUAUAGUUAAAGACAAGGAAGGAAAAUUUGCUGUAGCAUCAGGCACUGUUAUUGAUCCUGAGCUGUUAUUUUCAUUGCCAACUGCUUUGGACUUUGAACCUGUUGUUGGAUCUAAGCGUCCUGCUACAACAAAUCCUGAAACUUCUAGCAAGAGACUUAAACUAGAUAGUGGAGAUGCUGCUGAUGUACAAGUAAUGGUAAAUUCAGAUUCAGCUGGUUGUGGAGCAUCUGAAUACUGGUGUGUUAAUGUACAUCAGUUCCACCAUCACUUUCGAGACCAGGCAAUAGUUGCUGCAGUUGCCAGAAAUAUUGAUCAGAAAGCUUCAGAAGUGAUGAGGACUAUGUUACGUCUAAGUGAAACCAGAACUCUACCAACUUCCCCAGAGAGUGUCCCUCUAUCACUGACAGAAAUUUAUAAUGCCCUUCCUAAAGACAAAGCCAUGCAGAAAACUACCCUAGAGCAGUAUUUAAAAUGUUUAUCAGAAUGUUGUUUUGAUUUUGUUACCAAGGUUGGGGAGAGUGGAGGUGGAAUGUAUCAAAUUAAUUUUUUUAAAGCGAUCAAAGCAAUUUGUAUAUCACAUAUUGAAACUAUAAUAUUAGAAAGGUUUGGGUCAAAAGCUCUACGCAUGUUUCGUGUUUUGUUAACUGACAAACAAGUAGAACAAAAACAGGUUGAAGAGCGAGCCAUGCUGCCACCAAAAGAGGCCAAAGAGCUCUUGUAUAAGAUGUUUGCUGAAAAUUUCAUUGCUCUCACAGAGCUUUCAAAAACACCUGAUCACGCCCCCACGCGCACAUUUUAUUUUUUCAAUGUAAAUUUGAUACAGCUCAGCCGGAUGCUUUUAGAAAAAUGUUAUCAAGCAGAGGUAAAUGUUAUGAUCCGAAGAAGGAAAUGUAUGUCUGAAAACAAACGUUUACUGGACAAACAGGAAAGAGUGGAAGCAAUCAUUGCAUCUCUAGAUGCUGAUGGUGCCAUAGAGCAGAAAGAAGAAGUGGAGCAGAUGGUGACACCAAGUGAACGUGCACAGUUGAAGAAAAUGGCUGAAGCAACUAAAAUGCUAGAGCUGUGUGAGAUACAGCUGGAUCACACCAUUUUUAUUUUAGAGACUUAUCUCAGCUACACACUCCAGCCACCUCCACCAAAGAAAUAAUUUCCCUUGUGUUAUGUUGAAUGUAAUGUAUUUAUAACUGUUACUUAGGUUGAUACCAAAAUAAAAUUAUUUACUGACAUAAAAUACU